AUGCAUUAAGAUCAAAUCCAGCAGAGUCAGCUAACUGAUCACUCAAAAUUGUACAACCAGUUGUACAGGUAUGCUAGUGAGGGAAGGAAAACUGACUUCACCACAGCUAUUCAGAGUGUUGCAAAUCGUGACCAAAAUGCUUCCAUUCAGCUCCUGUCCCGGCAGAGCCCACUGAAUGACUCAUUUCUUCACACGGCGGUGACUUUCGGGCAUGUAAGUCUAGCAGUUGAGAUUUUGAAGCUUCACCCCUCACUUCUGUUGCUUAAGAACUUUGAAGGUGACACUGCACUCCAUGUUGCGGCCAAAACCGGAGGGGGUGAUGUUAAUAUGAUAAGGUGCAUUAUGGAGCAUGUGAAUCUGAAUCCCUGCCAAGGUGAAGCCACAGACAUCGAAACGGUUGAUAUAUCAGUAUUCAGAAUGAAAAAUGAUGUGGAAAAUGGUAAUCACUUGGAGGCAAAGUAUUUGAUCAAGGCUGAUUCUUCAGUUUCAUUUUGUGCUAACAAGGAGAGAAAGUCUCCCUUGUAUGUAGCUGCAGAAGCAGGGCUUAUUGAAAUUGUGACGCUAAUAAAUGAUAGUAUUACAGUUCAGAAUAACACAGGUGAUCAAGGUAGUGGAGCUACGCAUAUAAACGUUGUGGUGGAGGGCAAGUCUCCAGUGCAUGCUGCAAUUUUCUGCCAGAAGGAAGAUGUCCUAGGCCUAAUAUCACGAAUGCAAUUGAACUUAAUACUUGAAGAUGUGGCAGGGAGGACUGCACUGCAUUAUGCAGCGUCGACAUGUUAUCUCGAAGGGGUCCGCCUUCUAUUAGAAAGAUGUCCAUCUGAUUCUCAUCGAGCAGAUAGUAGUGGCACCUUUCCAAUCCAUUCUGCAUCAAGCAAAGGUCAUGUUCAUAUAGUUAACUUGUUUCUUGAACAUUAUCCUGAUCGAAAGGAAUUAAGGAAUUCCAAUGGAGAAAGUAUACUUCAUGUUGCAGCAAAGUGGGGUAGAGACAAACUUGUGAAAUAUUUUCUCAAGAAAGGUGAAUUUAAGAUGUUGAUAAACCAAAAAGACGGAGCCAAAAAUAAUCCUUUACAUUUGGCUACAAUUUAUGGACAUCCAGCAGUGGUGAACAUCCUGACUUGGGAUAAAAGGACCAAUUUGAAGCUCUUGAAUGUUAGAGGCAUGACAGCUCUUGAUAUUUCAGAAUAUACGUUGGAAACUAAUGCAUCGUUCCAUGCGAGGCUAGUAUGGAUAGCACUGAGAUCAGCAGGUGCACAGCGAGCUCAAACACCAAAUCUUCUACCAAGGAAAAUAAGACAGAAUGCACCGCAAUAAUUGUUAACCUUGGCUACUAAAUCACUUGGAGAGAGUGGUGGAGAUGCCGGAACAAGUGUUGGAGAUGUUACAGCAAAAGAUACAAAUUCUUGUACAACAAGUUCCAUUCAGCUAGUGCCACCAAACAAGCAAAGCAAUAAAGACACAGUCAAUACUCUUUUGGUGGUGACGACACUCAUUGCGACGGUAUCGUUUGCUGCUGGUUUCACAAUGCCAGGGGGCUAAGCCUAUAAUAACUCUGGCCCUCAUGAGGGCAUGGCAACUUUCCUCAGUAACGAUAUGUUCCAAAUCUUCGUGAUUUGUAACACACUUGCUAUGUAUAGUUCUGUCCUUGUUGCAGUCACUCUCAUUUGGGCACAGCUAGGGGAUCUAAGCUUGGUGCCGCUUCGUAUAGCAUUGCCAUUGUUGGGGCUUGCGCUCACAAUGCUGUCCUUAGCAUUCAUGGCUGGAGUUUUUGUAGUUAGCAGUCUUCAGUGGCUUGCUAACGUUGUGAUGAUCAUGGGUGUAGUUUUCCUUUUCACUGUCGUAGCACUAUUCACUCCACUCUUCUUCCCUUCCCAAUUGUUCCCAACCAUCUCUUCUUUCCGUGUACUUCGUUACAUCGUCUUUUAUCCUUUCUGUUUGGCAGUACUGGUUUCUGGAAGUCACAACGACCUAGGAGAAGAAGAUUAACCGCAAGUUGGACAGAGCUCUUUUGGUCUGGUGUUAUAGGUUUGUUAUGAUCUUCUGUAAUGAUAACAUUUAUGUAUUAAGCUGAUCACCGAUGCUUGACUUUUAAUGAA